AAAAAAGAGAAUCGUAACUACUCUAAUAAUAAGAUAAGAAUAAGAUGAUGAAACCUUAGCAGUGGCGAAAGCGGCUGUGCAAAGCCAAUGGGCAUAGUGAAAGCGGUGGCUGUUAUCUCCGGCGGUGACAGCAACAACAACGUAAGGGGCUCUAUCCAAUUCCUCCAAGACUUCAAUAGUAUUGGGGGGGCGGCGACCCUUGUGAAAGGAAGAAUAACAGGCCUUACUCCAGGCCUCCAUGGCUUCCAUAUUCAUGCUCUUGGUGACACCACCAAUGGCUGCAAUUCCACUGGGCCUCAUUUUAACCCACUAAAAAGGGAUCAUGGAGCACCAUCUGAUCAAAAUCGUCAUGCCGGUGAUUUGGGGAAUAUUAUUGCUGGUGUAGAUGGGGUUGCUGAGAUCUCAAUCAAAGACAUUCAGAUUCCACUUACUGGUCCACACUCCAUCUUGGGGCGCGCAGUUGUUGUGCAUGCUGAUCUGGAUGAUCUGGGAAAAGGUGGACAUGAACUUAGCAGGACUACUGGAAAUGCUGGUGCGAGGGUUGCUUGUGGGAUUAUUGGGAUUCAGUCAUCCGUCUAGGAUUUUGCCCAAGCGGUCAUCCUUUCCGUUCUUGAAGAUGUUAUAGAGCUGCUUGGCUGUUCAAUUCAGUGGUCUAUCCAAAUGGGAAAAAAUAAUAACAGGAGUUGUAAUCAACAACUAUAAUCAAAAUUUUUGGCAAAUUUAUGAUUUUACUAACUAUUGCUAUUCUCCAAUGUGUGUGUGUGUGUGUGUGUGUGUGUGUAUGUACAUAUAUUUAGAUUUCAAUGUUUAUUUAGGUUAUUUAAUAAAAAAUUAAAAUCACUAAAUCGGUGAAUCAAAAUCUCUUCAGUUGCUUCCAAAGAAAGGACCGGAUGUACUGGAGACACUCCAAAUCUGGGGUGUAUACUGUGAAGUCAGGCUAUGCUCUAGCUAAGCAGAGGAAGAAGAAACUCCAGAGCGAAAAAGGAAAGCAAGAGGAGUCGAGUACUGAGCCUAAGAAGGAUAAAGUUUGGAAAGGUCUGUGGAACCUGAACAUUAAGUAUGAGCACAAACAUUUUCUCUGGAAAUGCUUACAAGCAGCACUCCCGGUUCAAGAAAGCAUAUUCCACAGAACAAAAAUGGGUGAUCCUAUGAGCAGAUGUUGUGGAGAUGGUGGGAUUCCCUUAUAGAAGCAUGCAAAGUGGAGAAUAGAGCGGGACACUUGGAACUCACAGUCAAUAUACUUUGGGAAAUAUGGAAAGCAAGAAACAAAUUCAUGUUUGAGGGAGAGAGAAUCUGGAAAAAAUGGAGGACCAACCAAGACAACAAAUGAUGAACCAAAGAUGGACUCCUCUGCAGUGUGAUACAAUAAGAAUUAGCACGGAUGCUGCCAUGUCUGCAAAGAAGGUCAGAACAGGACUCGGGAUAGUGGCAAGAAACUGGAAUGGGGAACUAGUAGAAGUGAGGGCAGUGCAGGAACUAAAGAAAGGAUGCAGCAAUCAAACAGGCUCUGCUAAUGGCAAAAGAUGCAGGAUGGGCGAAAAUUGAAUUGCAAUCUGACUGUAAAAAUGUGGUCAACAUGAUGAAAGAAAGAAGAACUGGGGUCCAGACAGUGACAACUAUAGUGGAAGGCAUCAAUCAGCUAGCAGACUGGUUUUCGGUUUGCAAUUUCAAUUUUGUCAGUAGGAAAAGGAAUUGUCUGAGUCAUUAUGUAGCAAAAUUUGCGUCAACAUUAGUGAAGAAUGUAAUGGGGAAGCUUAGCUUUCCCCUGUGGCUCAAACAAAUGGCACAGGAUGAUCUGAUGGGCAGUUGCCCAGAUUUGUAGAACUUUUGUAGUACCAAAUUUUGUUAAUACAUGAUCGUUUUUGACAAAAAAAAAAAA